AUGGGCUGCAACAAUGCACAACUUGGACCACUGGAAAACCUGAUGCCUCUAUCUGCCACUGCUGUUCAACAGUGUGGAAAAGCUGGUACAGACAAGACCCAGAGCGUGCGAAAAAGCAAAUCCCCCAGGAGCUGUGCCAGUCAAGGCUACACCGCGUGCUGGAAACGCACGUCCCAGGCGGAUGAGUCUCGCACUGGGCAGGCCUCCACGUUUAGUGACACUGGAACUAAACCUCCAGAAAGCGGUAUCUUUGGUUUUAUGAUUAAUAUUUCAGCACUUUUAGGUGUAAUUACAAUGUACAUCAGAUACUUAUUAAUAGAGAAGCAAAAUGAAUCAUCGCACUUUGUUAGGUCUUCAUGCAACAUGUUUUCAUUAUGUAUUGGAUUGAUGGGCUGUAUUGGAAUGGGCAUAGUUGCAACUUUUCAGGAGCUGUCUGUUCCCAGUGUCCACGACAUAGGAGCUUUGGUGGCAUUUGGCUCGGGUGUUGUAUACAUUACACUUCAGUCUAUAAUCUCUUACAAGUCCUGUCCACAAUGGAAUACUUACUUUGUGUGUCACAUAAGGAUGGCCAUAUCUGUAAUAUCAUGCAUUGCUUUCAUUCCCAUGAUUGUGUUUGCUUCACGAAUUUCCAUCACAAAAAUUGAUUGGACUCCAGGUGAAAAGGAUUAUACUUAUCAUUUUGUGAGUGCGAUCUGUGAAUGGACAGUGGCCUUUGGUUUUAUCUUCUUCUUUUUAACAUUCAUUAGAGAUUUUCAGAGACUUUCUUUAAGGAUAUCAACAGAAAUACUCAACGACUCCUGA